AAGUCUCCAAGCAGUCACACUCCUUUCGCUCUCUAGCGAUGAGUCGAUGACUAACCACCCGAACCAUCUCCCCACAAAAGCACAACGCGCCCUUCUGGUCUCGCCAUCGCCGGAAUAUGUUGACUUUUGACCUCUUCGCCGCUGUCAAAUCUCUCGAAGGGCCACUUAACAAAGCCUGCAGAAUCUCUUCCCGGAUGCUCUCGCCUUCUCCUCCUGCUCCUUCUCCUCCCAGAUUAUGCAGAAACCCUCUGAUGCUUUGGGAAUGGCGAAACAUGGCGCUCUCUCCUUUCGCCUCCUUUUUUUCUCUUGCUUCCUCGUCCUUGCCGGGUCCCAGUCUCAGCCUGAUGAUCAGUUCAUCUUCAAUGGGUUCAACGGCUCCACCGAGUCCAACAUUACCCUCCAUAAGGCCUCCAUCAUCAAGUCCAACGGAGCUCUCAAGCUCACCAACCAGACGAGCGACGACAUCGGCCAAGCCUUCUACCCUCGGCCUUUCCGGAUGUUGGCCGAGGCUUCCGGUGGCCCCGCUGCCGCUGUCUCCUUCAGCACCCACUUCGUGUUCCAGAUUAAGCCGCCGAACUCGGGCGAAGGCGGCUACGGCCUCGCGUUCGUGGUCGCCCCCAAGACGUCCUUCCCCGGGGCCCAGGCCGACCACUACCUCGGCCUCUUCAAUUCCUCGAACGAUGGGAACUCGUCGAACCACAUGCUAGUGGUGGAGUUCGACACCGUGAAAGGGUUCAAAGAGACCUCGGACGAAAAGGGGAACAACGUCGGGGUCAAUUUCAACGGCAUGGAGUCGAACACCACCAAGCCGGCCGGCUACAAUAUAAAUGGCACGUCUAGCGUCGACGACAUAAGGCUGGAGAGUGACCAGCCCAUUCAAGGCUGGAUCGAGUACGACGGCCCGAACAAAGUGUUGAACGUCACUAUAUCUCCGAUCAAGGUGCCGAAACCGGCACAACCUCUCAUGUCCGUGCCCGUUAACCUCGCUUUCAUAUUCGAGGAUAGCAUGUAUGUCGGGUUCUCUGCUUCGACGGGGACCACGAGAAGCUUUCACUACGUUCUAGGAUGGAGCUUCCGAUUGAACGGAACCGCGACUCCCCUCGACCUGAAACGGCUUCCGCUGCCUCCGGACCAGACGGAUUCAUCUGAUUCAUCUUCCUCUUACAAGCCGCGGGUAAUAGCCGUCAUUGCCUCUCUAUGCAGCUUAGCUCUGUGUCUUUCGGGAAUCUUGUUCUUCUGUACUGUGAUCAAGAAGAGGAGGCAGCCGGAGAAUCUUGAGGACUGGGAGUUAGAUUGCCCUCACAGGUUCAGGUACAAGGAUCUUGACCAGGCAACACAAGGGUUCAAAAAGAGCGAGGUAAUCGGGAUCGGUGGCUUUGGCGCAGUGUACCACGGCAUCUUGCAGACUAACGGGUGCGAGGUCGCUGUCAAGAAGGUGUCUCGAAACUCGAUACAGGGAAUGAGGGAGUUUGUGGCCGAGAUCGAGAGCUUAGGUCGCUUACGGCAAAAGAACCUCGUGAAUCUCCAGGGUUGGUGCAAGCAGAAGGACGAGCUCCUCCUCGUAUACGACUACGUGCCUCACGGGAGCCUCGAUUCGCUGAUUUUCAAGCGGAAGGACGGCUUCGUGUUGAACUGGGAACAGAGGUUCCGCAUCAUCAAGGGCGUCGCGGCCGGAUUGCUGUACCUCCACGAGGAGUGGGAGCAAGUCGUGAUCCAUCGGGACGUGAAGUCCAGCAACGUCCUGAUCGAUGCGGAAAUGAAUGCGCGGCUCGGGGAUUUCGGCCUCGCCAGGCUAUACGAACAUGGCACGAUGUCGCAUACCACCAACUUAGUCGGAACCAUAGGGUACCUUGCCCCGGAAUUGGCCCGCUCAGGGAAGGCUUCGACGAGCUCUGACGUGUAUGCUUUCGGCAUUCUGCUGCUCGAAGUGGCCAGCGGCAGGCGUCCGACGGGGUCGGGCCAAUUCUUGCUGAUGGAUUGGGUGAUAGAAUGUUACGGGACGGGUCGGAUUCUCGACACCGCGGAUCCCAAGUUACGUUCCGCCUACGAUGCUGAGGAGAUGGCGAUGGUAUUGAAUUUGGGCUUAGUUUGUUCCCAGUACCAUGCCCAAGCUAGGCCUACCAUGAGGCAGGUGAUUCGGUAUCUGAACCGGGAGGAGCCGGUACCCAUCUUUGUCGAUGAUUCGGGCUCAAGAACCGACGACGUGAGCUUCGGAUUCUUGGAAAUAGCUUCUUCCGACACAACCGGGACGUCUCAUGCGGCGACAUCAUCCUACGUGUCAUCGUCAGUCCGUGGCCUCUCCUCCACUUCUUGAGGUGGUUCUGGUAGAUAAUAGGUUGAGAUUUACAUGUACAGAGAUGUUUCCGGAUGUGGGCAUUCUCGACCAGUAUAGGAUAACACAUAAUACACAGACACAAAUACAAUUAGCUUGUCAGAAUAUUUUCUGGUAUAUAGAUUUUACAGCGAUUACAGUUCUCUAAAUUACAUGCAAAUUCGCUUUCUGGGUUCUUCUUUCGAAAUUUCAGGCUUAAUGUUAGUCCCAGAAUUCAUUCAAAAUGUAAUCAUAAACGAAUAUCAUCUUG